GAUGCGGCAAGCAGUGCAGGAGCACAUGAGAGCCCAGUGUUAAAAGCUUUGAUGACUGUCCUACAAGAUUGGAGGAAAGUUACAUGUCAGGCCUCUGUUGGUAGACAGAGUCCACGUGUGGUGUUAUAUCGAACACAGGAUCUAUGUUCCUUCGAAAACAGGCUUCAGUCUGGAGGAGCUGGCUCAAUGGGCUCAGCAGAUCACAGAUUCAAUUUGGCCGAUAUCCUGUCUCACAAUUACCCAUCUCAGGAAGAAGAGGAAACGCCUGAGGCCGAUAAAUCAUUUGAGGAUCUGGAAAGGGAAAGUGAUGUGCCUUUCGAAGAACUUCUAGCACUUUAUGGUUAUGAAGCAUCCGAUCCAAUCUCCGAGCAUGAAAGUGAGGGCAGCUCACCCAGUGAGCUUGCUGAUAACUUGCCAGAAAUGACUCUGGAUAAGGAGCAAAUAGCUAAAGAUCUUCUUUCUGGAGAAGAGGAGGAAGAGACCCAGUCUUCAGCAGAUGAUUUAACUCCGUCUGUCACUUCCCAUGAGGCAUCUGAUCUUUUUCCCCACCCUCUGAGAUCUAAUUCUAUUGAGGAUGAUAAGGAACUGUCAUUAUCAGAUGAGGAUUCUGAAGAAGAUGAUUCCAUUUUAUCUAAUGACUGUAAAAAGGAAAUUAUGGUUGGGCCUCAGUAUCAAGCCCCUAUUCCACCAUUUAUUGGCCGAUAUAGACAAAAUGAGAAAGUUUAUGAUAACGAGGAUCAGUUGCUUUGGGAUCCCUAUGUUCUUCCAGAAAGACAAGUUGAAGAGUUUCUAUAUAAAGCAGUAAAGAGAGCAAGAGAUGACAAAACGAAUGAGAGCUUACCUGAAGGAAUACUCAUUAAGGAUAGCGAACAGGCCUUGUACGAACUUGUAAAAUGUAACUUCAAUGCAGAGGAAGCCCUGAGAAGACUACGGUUUAAUGUCAAAGUUGUGCAAGAUGAACUGUGUGCCUGGAGUGAAGAGGAAUGCAGAAAUUUUGAACAUGGACUUCGGGUUCAUGGCAAAAAUUUCCAUCUCAUACAAGCAAAUAAGGUAAGAACACGUUCCGUUGGUGAGUGCGUUGCAUAUUAUUACAUGUGGAAGAAAUCCGAGCGUUAUGAUUAUUUUGCUCAGCAAACAAAAUUUGGGAAGAAGAAGUACAGUCUUCACCCAGGUGUCCUAGACUACAUGGACCAGGAGUUGGAUAGCAUUGAAGGUGAGAGUUGCAGCCGAACCCCAAACUCUCCACCCAUCUCCUCCACUACGAGCAGACUGGACCCAGAACAAGAUCCACUACUCAUCCAGAACUCAGAACAGCAAGAUGUCGAAAUUGCAGUUUGCACCAUGAGUGGUAACAGCCAGAUGUUUGAGUACUGCAAUUCUCCAGUGAACCAAUCUGAAACUAGUUGUUCGCUGGAGCCCAUCUGUGACCAAGGAAGAGUUACACCCACUCACGACUGUGAUACUGUUACCUUAAGUCAAGCAGAAUCGGGGUUUUUCCAGCUGGAACUGGAUCAAGUAAUUUUGGAUAGACCAGCAUUGGAGAUGUCCACAAAAAAAUUGAAGAUGGAUUUCUCUCUGCCGAAAACAUUCAAUCCCGGACUGUCUGAUAACCCUGACAGUGUGGAUUUUGAAAACCACACUUCACACAUUGCUCAGGCAAAAAUGUCUGUUGCUGUGACGGAUUUUGGAAGUAUUGAUGUUGGAGAUGUGAACAGCUUGCUCAGUGCUCAUACAUUGCACCACCCUGCAACUAUUCAUUCGGAAUCGUUAUCUCAGUGAGAGCUAGGUGUCUCGCAGAAUAUCUUAUUUAUAUUUUACUUUAAAAGUUACUGGAAAUCUAAUUUUUGACAUGACAUCAGUGAUGUCUUAUAUUUAUUUACAGUGUGUAUUUGUUUCUUGAGAGGAAAGAACCAUUUAUUUUUGGGCCCAGAUACAUGACUAGGAUCUGACCCUGUUUGGAUGGUACAUGGAGAGGAGAUUUUCCUCACACUUUACAGAGCAACCUUUUUCACCUAUUCAGUUUUGUAUCGUCUUGUCUGUGAAAUUGGAUUCAUGAUGAUAUCACCUGCAAGUCUCAUUCAUGACAUUUAUUCUAGUCAUAGACAUAAUCAUUUUUUUUAAUUGUGCGCAAAGUUUAAAAUCCAACUCCAGUCAUUUCCUGCAUCUCUAAGAAGCUAAUCAGUGUUCUUUUUGGACAAGGGUGUGUGUACAUUUUGUGCGUGACUGAUUUCUAAUUGUAUCUUUGAUUAAACCAAACCAUCUUAAUGGUGAAGGAAGCUACUUUCAUGGCUAAGAAAGAGAAACAUGGAAAAGCUAAGUUUAUAUUAGGUUUGGGAAAAAAUGAACUAUUCAGUUUUAAUGAAAUCCUGUUUCAUAUCAGCUGUUUGUCUGUCCCCUUUUUGGAUCCAGCAACUAGAGGUGAGCCAACCUUGAACUAUUUUGAACUGAUACAAGAUAAUGAUCUGGGUGCCAGGUGAGAGCACAUAUUAUCCAAUCACUAGAACAAGGCUAGUACUAGGGAUUGCUGAAACUGGGUCCCAGGGACUCCUUAUACCAAAAUGUGUAGCAGUGGCUGUGUUGAAUUAAUGCCACAAGAUGAUGGUUUGUGGUAAAUAUUUUGCUGUACAUCUAGUGUUAAUAAAAGGGUACUGCGUGGACCAGAAAGGAUUUGUAUUUCCAUGAACUUAAGGAUUGUAGAAAUUUGGCAUUACUUUUAUGUGAAUGCUUUGCACCCAAGUGAAGACUCCACUCUUUCUCCACAGCACCCUCCCCUUCCAAAUCCACCAAAUAAAAGUAGAAUCUCUUUCAAUAGUUGACAUUCACCAGCUUCUUUCUAAAAAGCAAUUUAGAAACUAAGUAUCCACGCCAUGGUCCAGUAGGAUUCGUUCACUGCUUUAUCCAUCCUGCUGCAGCCCAGUUACCUGGUCAUUAAAUGCUUAGAAUGGUUUCAGUUUUGGAAACAUGUUUGGUUUGUCACAGAUUCUAAUCCUAAACAUCUGUGGGACGAGAAUACCCGUAGUUAAAAUCUACAUUCAUCACUGGGAAACACCUGAUUAACCCAAUAUGUUCUGUGAUUGAAAUUUUUUCCAUCAAAUAAAGUUGAAAGAGGUUUCUGCACUAUCUUUUGUUAAGCACUGCCGUGUAGGGAAGCGAUUUUCAAUGUGCUACAAUUCAAUUGCAACUUACAUAGAUAGUGACGCAACAACUUGUUGAGUUUUGGGCGGUUGCUGUACCUUUGCCUCUAGGAUUUUUAAUAAUGUAACAUUUGAUAAAACAAAAUUUUAAUGAUCUUGCACUGAAAAGAUUCUGUGCACUCAAACAUUGCUAGUUUUCACUCAUACUAUAUCAGUGUUACUUUAAAAACAAGCCUGUAUGUUCAUUAAUCAAGUUUGCCAACUCUUUUGGCAAGACUGCUGCAGACUAUUGCACAAAGGAUAAUGCAUUUAAAGCCAUUUGAGUUAUAUUUUAAUUUAAAUAUUGCUGAAAAUCUUAGUUGACAUAAAAUCACUUGGCCAGGCUAAAAAUCAUUUGGCACAUCCAGCCAUGCUAAAAAUCAUUUGGCACAUCCAGCCAUGCUAAAGAUUUGCCACCUUAAACUUUUGCACACUUAGUCUUAUUUAUGUUGAUCCCAUGGCUCGACUUAAUGUUAAAAUAACUAGCAGUAUGUUAUUAUUUGCUAUUCAAUAUUUUUAAAU